GCUGGGCCUGCAGUGACUCUACAGCAAUACGCAAUCGUUGGCAAUCGAUGGACGAAAGUGUAAUGGACACUGCCGCUUCAUGUUCCAUGUCGUUAUUUCUUUUAUCCCCGUCCCAGCCUUUAUUGGUCAUUCCUGCCUCUUCCAAUUAUCGUCGCUACCUUUGCCUAAAUACUCUCUUGCACCCCCUUGUCCCCAAGCAGCAACUCAUUUGGUAUUGUCGGUCCAUCUACGGUCUGGCCAGGCAGCUGAUGAACAUCGGCAUUGCAUUCGCUCCUUGAAUAUAGUACUGACGACAGCAAUGCGAGUUUUCUGACUCAUUCUGUCACAAAUACUCCUCCCGGGAUGGCUGCUUCCAGCAGAUAUAUUCCCAGGUCUACAACGAGGAUUUACGAUGUCCUAAGCAGAAGACCGUCAUGAUCAAAAUUGCGAUUGUCGGCACAAAUGGGCUUGCACAAUACAUCGCAAACAGCCUGGCUACCCAGUCGUCCCAUCAGUUCGUUAUCUUGUCAAGGAGGCCUAACCCAGGUCUGACGGCCAAAGGUUGGCAGGUACUUACGGUAGACUACUCUAACUCAGCAGACUUGAGGUUCAAACUGGCUGGUGUCGACACAGUCAUCUCGACCAUCAGCGGUACUCCACAGCUCGCCUUGAUCGAUGCCUCAGCAGCAGCACAUGUCCGGCGCUUUGUCCCUUCAGAGUUUGGCGGACCUCCUUCCUUGCGACCUCAAAAUGACCUCUUAGACCGUAGCCAUCGAGCCGCGAUCCUCCGCCUCCAUCAACUCGAGCCGACAGGCAUGCGAUUCACCAUCUUUACAUGCGGCAUCCUCUACGAACGCUUUGCUCCAGGUGGAAUGGCUGCGUCACAGAUAGGAUUACACAGUGACAUUGGACAAGAAGGUGAUUAUCUGAUGGACUUCCGGCGACGAAGAGCACAAAUCCCUCACAUGAGUAGCGCCGGACAUCCUGUCACAGUUUGUAUGACUUCGGCCCAUGAUGUUGCCAGGUUCGUUAUUGCUGCGUUGGGUUUGCCUACAUGGCCUCGAGAAUUCAGGUUGCGAGGAGACCGGAUGAGCGUUCGAGAUAUCAUUGCUAUUGCUGAGACGAUUCAAGGGCGGUCGUUCGAGACCUCAGCCUACACAAGGAGCUCGUUACAAGACGCAUUGACUUAUGCUCGAGCCGUUAGCGAUCGUCGUCGCGAAAUCCAAAACCACCAUUUGAUCGCUACGGCUGAAGGUCGCUUUGACUUUGCGAACGCAAACCUCAAUCACUUGAUCGCCAUACAACCAGAAAGAUUUCGAGACUACUUGGUUCGCGUCUGGUCUGCUGCUGGAUCUCGAGACAGGCGCCAGGCGCCAGGACAGUGAAUUGAGGACAAGGCUGAUUCAGCGCAAUAUCAGCCCCCCCGAUUUUACGAGAAGUGUCUCCCACCCAUCACCACCUUCCUUUCUAGACAGAUUUUGGCGAAUCUACGGAAAUCACACCCAGGCCGAUAUUGCUUGUAAACACCUCUGUUUCCGACAUGCUGUCCAAGUUCACAAAUCAAAGCUCUUAUGUCUUCUGAGUAUCUGACGGGCCAACUGUCGCCCAUACCAGGGACACAGAUACUACACGGUGUAUGCAUUUGUCAGCACCCUCCUCCUUCGACCCACGGCCCGAAACCCGAGGUACGGAGUUACCAACACGACACACUUUCUCCGCUUCAG